AUGUCGCCGCCAAGCUUUGAGUGGCACCCUGUAGCCCUUCUUCGGGAGAGGAGGCCAGAAUAUCCUGGUCCCGCCGACUUCACACUCAUCGUACUCAACCAGCCCGUGAAGCAUACCCCCGUCUUUGACUCGUUGUGGACUAAUGCUCUCACACGAGUCGCUGCGGACGGCGGUGCAAACAGACUGCACGAUCUGAGCAAGGCAGCGGAAGCCCGCUCUCAUUCACCAUUUACUAACCUCGACGUCAUCAUCGGUGACUUGGAUUCCUUGCUCCCGCCCGUCAGGGACUACUACACGAGCCUGGAGAAGCCUGCCCAGGUCAUCCAUGACUCCGACCAGUACUCCACAGACUUUGGCAAGGCCGUCUCGUGGAUCCGCUCAAACCAUGAGCCGGCGAUCGACAUUGUGGCUCUCGGGGGGCUGGGUGGUCGCGUCGACCAGGGGCUCAGCCAGGUGCACCACCUCUACCUCUUCCAGCCGGGGACAGACUACGCCCACGGCAAGCUGUAUCUCGUUUCAGGCCAGAGCCUGACAUUCCUCCUCAAGCCCGGCCACCACAGCAUCUGGGUCCGUGAGGGCGGCGACGACGUUUUUGGCAAACAUGUCGGCAUCAUCCCCAUUGGCGGGACCAGCUACAUCACCACCAAGGGCCUCGAGUGGGACGUCGAGGACUGGGAAACCAAGUUUGGGGGCCACAUCAGCACCAGCAACCACGUGCUGCCCGAGACAACGGUGGUCGAGAUCGCGACGACGAACACGGUGCUUUUCACCAUUGCCCUUGCGGGCAUUGAAUAG